AUGGGCGACGAGACAGCGCUGAGCGGGACUGGUGGCCGGGAGGGGAUGGUGACCGACAACGCACCGUCGACGAACCGUCACCACCGGCUGGCCGAGGCGACUCGUGCCGCCAACCUGUCAACCCUGGUGAGCACGCGCGGCUGGAAUCCGAGCAUGUGGCGGCGCGUGUCGACGCUGAUGCUGGAACGCUUGCUGUUCCUGCGGACGCGUUGUCUGCAUCAACUGCUGGCCACCCUGAUGCCCCUGGUGGUGCUGGUGAGCGCCUUCCACUGGAUGGCCGCUGGCAAGACGGAAAGCCAGAACGCCACCACUCUGAACAUCCGGGUGCCAGUGUCCCUGCGAGAAGUCUACCCCGAGGCUCGCGUUUUCCUCGACGACGACGAAGAGGCCGAGAAAGGGAUCAGCCCGUAUUUUAUGCAUCUGCUGGAGGAGGACAGAGCAGUGGUGACACGCUACAACGACACAGCGGAGGAUGUGCUGCUCGCGGAGGCCGAAAAGGACUACGUGUCCUACACUACAAGCAUGGUGCUCGGUGCAGUGUUCCGCAACAGGGAGUUGGAGGCCUGGUACAAUCCGUACGCCAUCAUGAGCAAGAUUAUAGCGUACGGCCUCGUGAGCAGUGCCUUGCUCGCAUACAAGGAGAAAAGCUACUGGGCUCGCAUUGAGACGACGCUGGAGGUGCACUUGCCAGAGGUCGUUAAGCCCGAGCACAGCCAUCGGCAGAAGGGUGAUCCGGGUUCUGAAUACUUCGAGGACGACCCCAUGGGCCACGUGGACUUGCUGGUGCACAAGAUGGCGGCCAUCUGGGCUGUUAUGGCCCCGCUAGCGUCGGUGCUCAUCGUGUCCUCGUUCGUGACUUUCCCAAGCGCCGAGCACUGCAGCCAGUUUAUGCAGCUGCUGUUGAUGACAGGCGUUCCCGGGUGGCUGCAUUGCUUGUGCCACCUCCUCUUCGACUGUGCCCUCUUCGUCUGGAUCAUCUUGCCAACCUCUGUGGCAUUCGCUUUGUACUACGAAGUGCAUACGAUCGCUUACAAGGCCCUGUUUGUGGUGUUUGCCAUGUCCGGCGUCCUGUUCAUCCUGUCUGCAUACGUCAUUGCUUACUCCUGCAAAACAGCCUUCAGAGCCUACGUCGUAGUGCUUGUCGUAUUUGGCCUGUUCGGCGCUCUGACGUUCUUCGCGACCGUACGACUGGCCACGGGCGGGCACGACGCCGGUUUCCUGUGCAGCGCUUUGCCGCCCUGCGCCGUGCCCAUGUCGUUGAUCAAGGUGGUCGCCCUGGACUGGUCUCGUCGCGCCUGCAGGCAGCUCGCCCUGGAGCGGCUCGACGACACCUCGGCGCUGAUCGCGUUCUGCCGCACGGUUGCCGACUACAAGGCCACCUACCACGAGGAGAUGUUCGCCGGUCUUCUCAGGACGCAAGUGGACAUGUGCUGCGAAAUGCUGGACGCGGAUCUCAAAGGCCAGGUCGACUGGAGCCCGCUUAAUCCGUCAAAGGUUUACCGCGCAUGCGCCGACCACACCAUGGGCGACUACGCGUUAGUCGCCGAAGAGGUGCACAAGUGGUACGGCGAAGACUACGCCGUGUGCGGCUUCAACCUGGCGCUUCCCCGUGACGAGUGCUUCGGCCUGCUGGGCGUCUACGGCUGCGGGAAGAGCAGCGUGGCCCAGAUGCUGGCCGCCCACACCGUCAUGAGCAUCGGCGAGGCCUACAUGGGCGCCAAGAAGCUGUCCGAUUCACCGCGACAAUGGCAGUCUCAGGUUGGCUUCUGCCCCGAGGAAGACUCCCUCCUGGACGCCCUGAGUGGCGCCGAGACGCUCGAGCUGUUCGCCCGGCUACGCGGCGUACGGAGCGACAAGAUCGAGAGGCUCGUGGAAUGCGUCGUCGGCGUCGUCGACCUGAACGAGUCCGCCAGACAAGCGUGCGGCACUUACAGUGCGGACGCCAGACGGAAACUCUCCAUCGGGUUAGCCAUCAUCGGAGCUCCUCGGGUGGUGAUUCUCGAUGACGCCACCAGGGGUAUUGACACCACCGGGCGCCAGAUGAUUUACGAGGCGCUGCGAGAUCUGGCCCGCGUUUCUGCGUCAGCGAUUAUCCUCACCUCACGCAGCACGGAAGAGUGCGACAUGGCCUGUACCCGUGUGGGCUUGAUGGCCGGCGGUGAGAUCAAGGCCCUGGGCAGCAUGAUGGCGCUCAGGGAGUCCUUCUCCACGGGUUUUGUGGUCACCUUCUCGCUCGCCGAGAGGUUCACUCCGUACAUGAUCGAGAAGUCGGACAAGGCGGUCUCUCGGCUCUUUCCCGGAGCAAGGCGAGUCGACUGCCGAGAGGGCACCUUCGUCUACCACGUGGCCAACAGUCUUCCCUGGAGCGAGGUGUUCUCUCGGCUCAGCGCGGUGAGCCAGUGCAUCUCGUUCGAGUCCGUGCUGGUGGCCCAGAGCUCGCUGGACGAGGUUCUGCUCGGCAUGGGGCGCGCCGAGAUGGCCGAGGACGCGACGGUGGGCCGGCGCGCCGUCUACGAGGCGUUCAGCCCUCACUACGAGGGCGAUCCCUGGGGACGAGAGCGCCAACUGAAGCACGAGCGCCGACAGAAAGUGCGGGAACGCCGCAAAAAGGACGCCGACGAAAACAGCACUGAGAAAGCAGCGCCGUAG